GAAGACAAGAAGCCAGAUCUUGGUGGCGCGUUUUGGGUCACGCAGCUCGGACACAUCCACUUGGCCCUAGCUCUCUAUGCCAUCCUCAUGGUCGGAAUCCUCCAACUACGGGGGUCCUCGAGGGGACCACCUUUUUCGCCUGCCUUCAUUGCUGGAUGCAGCCUCGUGUUCGUCCUGUGGUCAACCAUCCGAUUCCGACAGCAGUUCAGGUGGCAGAGACUGCCAUUCCAGGAGGUUGCUUUCAAUGCCGAGCAGUCCCUGGAAGACCAGAAGGACGAACACCAUGGAGACGGGGAGCU